AUGGAUAAAUCACCAAUAGUUGUCCAACAAAUUAGAGCAAGAAAAAGACUUAGUGAUAAAAAUAAAUGGAAAAGAAAUGUGGCGAAAUUAGAGCGAAGUGUUUGUAAAAAAAAUAAAAGAACAUCCGAAAUUGAUGCUCAAAAUGUGCAAACUAUGGGAAUCAUAAAAUCAGCAAAAGUCAAAGAUGUCAAUAAACUAUUAACAACUCUAACAUCUAAAUUAACAUCUCAUUUUGGUGAUUCCUGGAGAACAUUUCCAAUUUUAUGCUUUUAUGACAAAUUAAUACCACAAAAUGUAGAAGCAGAUGUUGAUCAACAAGAAGAUGAAGAAAAUAUCUGCGAAGAAAAUGUUGACCUACCUGAUGUUCGAAUUUAA